AUGAAAGCUUAUAAAAAUGGAAUGAAAAAAUUCACCCUGAAGUUCGGAGCUUCAGAUAAACACUUUUAUGUUGGAAAGUCACAAUUUCAUUACUUCGAUGAAAAAAUAAAACCGGUUGGUGAUCAAAAAUGGCGUCAAUUUUUUUCCAUCGCUCACGAAGGGCGAAAACUUCGGUUCAAAGCGAGACUUCAAGCUAUGGAUGCAGUUGCGGGUUUUGAACGAAAACUAUACGAUUGGAAAGAAACAGAUUCUGAAGGUGUUCUCGAGCAAAUUAUUGUUCUGUCGAAUUGGCCUCCAGGAGGACAAUGGUACAGCAGAUAUCAUCUGAUUUUUCUUGAAUAA